CAAACUUCCAAGUGCCACCUCAAAAUGGAGUACGGAUCAAAGUCCCUUGCCCUUUCCUCGCUCCUGCUCCUUCUUCUAACACUUGAAUCGAGCUUCAUAACUCCAUCCCAUUCAAAAUCGAUCGUCCAAACCCUUCCUGGUUAUCCGGGUCAACUUCCAUUCAAGCUCGAAACAGGGUAUGUGGGAAUAGGGGAGAAGGAAGAAGCACAGCUUUUCUACUACUUUGUUGAAUCGGAACGAAAUCCAGAAGAAGACCCGCUCUUAUUUUAUCUCACCGGAGGUCCUGGCUGUUCUGCCAUCAUUACUUUCUUCUAUCAAAUCGGUCCACUUAGUUUCAACUUUGACAAUGCACCUGAAAACAUCACAAUCACAUUAAAUCCAAACUCGUGGACAAAGAUGGCUAAUAUCAUAUUCGUUGAUAUGCCUCCUGGUACCGGAUUCUCAUAUGCCACAACAAAAGAAGCAUCGAUUAGCAGUGAUAACAUUGUGGCCAAACAAGCUAACGAUUUUAUUCGAAAGUUUCUUAUCGACCAUCCUAAGUUUUUAAAAAAUCCACUAUACAUAACGGGCAUUUCUUACAUGGGAAUUGUCACACCUAUUGUUACUUUGGAAGUGUACAAAGCUAAUGAACGCGGUGAUCAACCUACAUUGAAUAUUCAAGGGUACAUUCUUUGCAGUCCCCUCACUGAUAAGUUCAUGGAUUUUAAUUCUAGAGUUGAAUAUGCUCAUCGAAUGGCACUUAUAUCUGAUGAUAUUUAUAAGGCUGCAAUAGAAAAUUGUCGUGGUAAUUACGUGAAUUCUACCAAUUCACUAUGCAUUAACUGUCUUCAAAGAUACACGGAGUGCACAAGUGGACUAAAUAUGGAAGAUAUCUUGGAGCCGCUUUGUAAUAAAUCAGAUGUGAAGCCAUAUUGUCGAGAGUACUAUUACGAUUUUGCAGAAGAUUGGAUAAAUAAUAAGGUUGUGCAACAAGCUUUUAACGUUCGCCAGGGAACAAUUGGGAAAUGGGAGUUCUUUAAUAGGACGAUGCAUUACGUUGAAGGAAAAAAUGACACAUUUUGCUAUGCUUAUGAUAUCUUUAGUAGUUUUUCAUACCAUAAGAAACUUGUUAGUAAAAAUUGUAGAGCUUUGAUUUUUAGUGGUGAUCAUGAUAUGACAUUUCCAUAUGUUGGAAUUGAGCAAUGGAUAGUUGCACUUAAUCUUGAGAUCGAGAGCCGAUGGAAGCCAUUCUAUGUGAGCAAUCAAGUCGGAGGAUAUGAAGUAACAUAUGCACAAAAUGAAUUCUCCUUGACAUUUGCUACAGUUAAAGGUGCAGGUCAUUCAGUGGCUCAAUAUAAGCCAAAAGAAGCUAUGGCUCUAGCAAAGAAGUGGCUUGCUUUGAAAACUCACUCAAGUGAAAUCUAAAUGUGAUGCAUCAUGAACUAGGCUUAUGAUCAGUUUCUGUGAAAGUUUGAUUUUUAUAUCUUUUGAUGUUACAACCAAAAUACAACGGAUGAUC